ACCCGAUAAACACGCAAUGGACGGCCUUGACGAAUUCGAGAAGGCUUUGGCCGAAGAGAAAAGGGCAAGGGAGAGGAGUGAGAGGCAUGCGAACAAGGAUCGCGAUCGCAAACAUCGACACCACCAUAGUUCCAGGCAUCACCGAUCAAGAGACGACGAGGACGAUGAGCACCGACGUAAACGCUCAAGGCACUCCAGAGAUGAUGAUGAAGAUAGGCAUCAACGGCGCUCCAAGCACGAAAAGACCUCAGAUCCGCACGAAGAUCUACCAAUCCCAGAUGAUGAAGUUCCUCAGUCAGAGUCGACCAAACUUGUUCGCGAUUCGUGGAUGACAGCGCCUUCAGCUUUGGACAUUGAUUAUACGCAGAAGGGCGCCAAGGUCGCGAAGCCUCCUCCUUCAAAACCCGAUUACGACUUGAAAAUCCACAAGAAUGAGCUUAAUCGCCAUUUACAAGAUUUGGCGGAUGGGAAGAAGCUAGAAGAAAUUGGAGACGAAGAAGCGCAACAUGAGGUCUCAUACACAUUUGGAGAUUCAGGGGCUCAAUGGCGUAUGACCAAGCUCAAAGCUGUGUAUACGCAGGCUGAACAGACCGGCAGAUCUGUGGAUGAGAUUGCUAUAGAGAGAUUUGGGAGUUUACGUGAAUUUGACGAUGCCAGAGAGGAGCAAAUCGAGUUGGAUCGUCGGCAGCUCUAUGGGGAAGGCUAUGUAGGCAAGGAGAAGCCCAGUGGUGAGCUGUUCCAGGAAAGAAAGCUGGAGCUAGGUAUCAGAAAAGACGCCAGUCAAUCCCAUGGAGCAAAUGAUACGGAACUACCACAGGGAGAAGUCAUGGAAGAGAAGCCGGCCCCAGGAAAGACAGUAGUGACAGACCCUACAACGUUGAAUAGGAUGAAAGCCCAGCUGAUGAAGGCAAAAUUGAAGAACUCCCCUGAUGUUGCAAAGCUCGAAGCGGAGUAUAAUGAGGCUAUGUCUAGCUAUUCCAAUAAUCCGGAAGCUGGUGUGGUUGUGUUACCAGUGAUGGAAAACCGGAUGUUGGCAGGGACUCGAGGCGAAGUCAAGACAAUUGAUAAUAAGAGAGGUCGAGAAAGGGGAUUGGUCAAAGACAACGAGGAUAUGAGUAUUGAGGACAUGGUCCGUGAAGAGAGAAGGACAAGGGGGCAAGCUGGCGGCGAAGGCAUGAGAGCUGCCGAGCGUAUUGCGAAGGACGCCAAAUUCGACGAUGAUCUGGAAUACAUGGACGACAACGCAGAAAAGCUUGCGAAGCGCGUUCAAAAAUCCGAAAUCAACCUAAAGAACGUUGCCGUUGGGGAGUUCCAGAAGAUGAAUCGGAUCCUGGAUUCCUGCCAGUUGUGUCACCACCCCGAGAAGAACCAACCACCCAUUGCACCGCUGAUAUCAUUGGCGACACGGGUCUAUCUAACCUUGCCAACGGAACCCGAGCUCAGUGACGGCGGUGCAGUCAUUGUGCCGAUCGAGCAUAGAACGAAUCUUUUGGAGUGUGACGAUGAUGAAUGGGAAGAGAUCCGAAAUUUCAUGAAGUGUCUCACACGGAUGUAUCACGAUCAAGGUCGGGAUGUCGUGUUCUACGAAAAUGCCGCGGCACCACAUAGGAAGAUGCAUGCCGCGAUGCAAGCUGUACCGUUACCCUAUAGCCUGGGCGAGACAGCACCUGCCUUCUUCAAGGAAGCCAUCCUAUCUUCCGAUGAGGAAUGGACACAGCAUAAGAAACUAAUUGAUACUGCGGCCCGAGCACGAGAUGGAUUGGGCAAACUCGCUUUCCGUCGAUCGAUGGCCAAGGAAAUGCCCUACUUCCAUGUCUGGUUUGAGAUUGACGGCGGACUAGGCCACAUAGUUGAGGAUUCAAAUCGAUGGCCGAGAGGGGAUCUCUUCGCGAGGGAGGUUAUCGGUGGUAUGCUCGAUAGUGAACCUGAUGUGAUAAAGAGGCAAGGUCGUUGGACCCGAGGGGACAGACGGCAGGAGGAUUUCAAAAAGCGCUGGAGAAAGUUCGACUGGACUCGAGUUUUGACGGAUGGUUGAGCGUCAAGCGCUUCAAUCUCAAUCGGAGAAGCACUCGGGACUGGGCAGGGAAUUUGCUUGCGUGCUCUUCGGAUGGCCGAAAAUACUGCUUUGCGGACGGCCUGAGAGUAUCUCUCGUGUGGUUUCAGAGAGGUUCAGAUUGCGUGCCAAACUCCAACUCUCCCUUGAAGCUGAGCCGAAGAGCAAGUGAUGAGCCGGGCCAAAUCAGAUACAAUCCAAGUACGCAUGCGGGCGUUGUACCAAGCGUCGCUAUUUGAUAGCUAUGUAGCAGGACAAACACUCUAGUCCAUGGUCUUAUGGCUC